GUAGGUGUGGCCGACACUCGUCAACACAAGCAUGACAAGAGAAAGUUCAACUUUGCUGAAGAUUUUAACAUGAAUAUGAAUUGAUCAUAAAGAUUGCCCAUAGAUGGCCGCCAGAAGGUAGUCUUCACCUAAUGUCAAAGCAAGGUAAGCUCCUCACUUGUACAGGCAUUCCAGCAAUGGCUGUCAAGUUGGUCUUGCUGGCCUUUCUCUGCAUAACAACAGUUACAUGUUUGACCAGCAGCGAUGAAGAAGGGUUGUAUGUCAAUGAGUGGGCGGUCAAGGUGGCUGGAGGAGAGAGAGUGGCUCGAGAAGUCGCUGCUGACCAUGGCUUCACAUUUGAUGGCCAGGUUGGUACUUUGAAGGAUACGUAUGCAUUCUUGAGGAAAAAGAUGAGCAAGAGGUCCAGGAGGGCUGCUGAAAAUUACAAUAAAUUAUUAUCACAAGAUUCAAGGGUUACUUGGGUUGAACAGCAGAGGAUUAUAGCUCAUGCGAAGAAAAGAGCCGAUGACGUCGUACCUCCAGACCAGACAGGGGCUAACUGGGCUAUCCCAUUCAAUGAUCCUCUCUUUAAAAAACAGUGGUAUCUGUACAAUGAUGGCCAGGAGGGUGCUACACCAGGAAUGGACAUGAACCUCAUGCCUGCAUGGAAGCUGGGAUACACAGGAAAGGGCGUGGUCGUCACUAUCGUUGAUGAUGGAAUGGACCAACAUCAUCCUGAUCUAAAAGAUAACUUUGACAUGUAUGCAAGUUUUGAUUUCAACAAUGUAAGCAAUGAGCACAGCCCCACCCCUGAUUAUAACAAGCCUGCUAGUCAAGUACGUCACGGUACAAGAUGUGCUGGAGAGGUAGCCGCUGCAGCCAAUAACAGCAUCUGCGGAGUGGGCGUGGCCUAUGAAGCUAGCAUCGGAGGUAUUAGAAUCCUGGACGGUGGCGCCACUGAUCGUUUGACAUCCCAGGCCCUCCAGUUCAACAACAGCCACAUUGACAUCUAUAGCUGUUGCUGGGGACCCGUUGACGAUGGGAUCAGGUUUGAGAUGCCACACACCUUGACGAAGGAGGCGUUUGAGCAUGGAGCGAAAACAGGUCGCAACGGGAAGGGGUCCAUCUUCGUCUGGGCGGCUGGCAACGGUGGCAAUGACGACGACCACUGCGGGGCAGACGGCUACGUUGGUGACAUCCAUACCAUCGCCAUCAGUGCCAUCAACGACCAUGGCCGACCAAGCUAUUUUGUGGAGUCCUGUCCGGCCAUCAUGGCUGUGACACUCUCUGGGGGUCCUGCGACCGUUGGUGACCUGAGGAAUGGCAACUUCAGGUGGAACCUUGUGACUACCACAGACCUGUAUGGAAACUGCACCACUGCCUUUGUUGGAACGUCCAGUGCAGCCCCUCUAGCCUCGGGAAUGUUUGCUGUAGUGCUGCAGGCAAAUCCUCAACUGACAUGGAGAGAUUUACAGUACCUCAUCACUGAAGGCAGUAAGAUUCCCCAGCCUUACAACGACGGCUGGAGCAUCAACGGAGCCGGACUCCACGUCCAUCACGACUUUGGUUUUGGAGUCCUGGACGCAGGCAAGAUGGUGGAACUAGCCCUCACCUGGGAUCUCGUUGGCCCGCAGGAAAUGUGCGAGGUGGAUCCGGUCUUCCCAGACCUAUCUCUCCGCCAGGGUGAUACCAAGAACGUCACCAUCUCUGUGAACUGCCCCAGCGUCCGCAGCAUGGAGCACGUCAAAUCGUACGUAAGCCUCCAGGCCUACCGUCGCGGCGACAUCAGCCUAGUUCUCUACUCUCCGUUCGGUACACCAUCUCGGCUCAUCGACACCCGGAUCCACGAUAGCCACACCGAGGGCCUGACUGACUGGCCUUUCAUGACCGUUCAUAACUGGGGUGAGGACCCGAACGGAGACUGGACCCUGGAAUUCAGAUACAACCCGACCCCUGAGAAUGCAGAUCAGCCCGAAGACGAGGAGCUCGAGCUGUAUCCUCGGGUCGAAUUCCACCGUGCUACUCUGAGCAUGUGGGGUAUGACCAUAUAUGGAGUCAGUGAGCCCCGUGAGCUUGCAGAUGUUGACGAGGCUAAAGGGGCUACCACCGUGGUGGAUGAAGAGGCGGAAGGUGAGGAGGAUGAGGACAGGAAUCCUGCUGUCAAUCCCGAUGAUGCGGGUAAGAGUGAUUGGAACACCAUCAGGAAAAUAUACAACCAAGAACAACUGGAUAGCGAAGAGAUCAACCUAGACCUUGAGGACAUCGCUAAUGGAGUCCCCCUACCGCCUAACCGAGCCCACAACAUCAACAAGAUCACAGGAGGAAUAGGUACAGAGUACUUUGAUGGGAACCUCCUCAGCAAUCAGGGUCUUGUCAAGCUAGCCAUGUUCGCUAGAAGACUGGAUGCCAAUGAUCCGAUCCUCAGGUACCUGAACUCUCUGGAUGACGAGUCUCUGAUGAUGCUUGGUCGGGACUUUGAUCUGGACAACGUGAUGGAGGACACAGUGAUGGAAGGUAGAGAGGUGGAUGUAGGUUUGGAGGAAGACGUCAGAGGGAUCAAUUUGCAAGAAGGAGGAGCAAAGAGAGAAGGACUUGGGGAUGUGGCCUUUGACGGACGAAGCAAUGAGUUGACCAACACUGAUAUCCUUCGCAUAUUACGUUCGCUGGAUGUGGACACAUUGCGGCUAUUGGUCGAGUUGGUUGAGGAAAUGGACACCUCGAAGAAGAUAGCAAUGACAGGGUCCCUUCAUCAUCAAGACAAGUAUGCCGAAAAGACAAACCAGGACGUGCUUGUCCAAUACCAGAAGAAGGCAGACUAUGCACUGUUAGGGGAUAGAGAGUUGGUAAACAUGAUAGAGAAGAAAGAAGAAGAGGAAGAAGAGGAGGAGGAAGAAGAGGAGGAAGAGAAGGAAAUUAUCCAUUUCCAGAAGAGGAUCGAGGAUGCGCUGCUAAGGGAUAGAGAGCUGGGUAACAUAGAAGAGAAAGAAGAAGAGGAGGAGGAAGAAAAGGAUUUAGUGGAUGAAGUUAUACAAUUGCAGAAGAGAAUCGAUACGGACUUGCUUGGGAAGAGCUCGAGCAAUACAGCAAAUGACAUGGAGAAGAAAGAAGAAGGGGAGGGAGAAAUAGAAGAGAAAAUGGAUGAUAAAAUAAUUCAGUUCCAAACGAGAACUGAAGAUGCUCUAUUAGGAAGUGGACUGAGAAAAGAUUUCAAAAGGAAGAAAGAAAAUAGACCUAGUGAGAAGGAGGCGCACACCCUUCAAGAACAGUCAAAAGCAACUAAUUUACUUGAAGAUGAUAGACUUGAUGAAUUACUAAGGGAUCUGCAGGAACUAUUAGAGGAUGAUUGAUGUUUUAUUUAGUAUUUAUUCAAAUUCAGGGUUGAAUUGUUUCAUGUAUAUGUAUAUAAGAUUAUCAGAAUUAUAAAGAACAUAUUUAUAUUUAGAUCACAUUCUGUAUUUUCCAUGCAUGAAUGUGAUAGAAGAUUAUUAUUCGGGGGGGGGGGUUAGCCAUGUUUUUUUUUAAAGACUUAUAUGAUAUCUUGACA